CCAUUCAAUGAGUAUAAUGGGAAAUAUGGCUGCAUUUCUAUCUCUCUGCGUCUCACUUUCCCCAUAACACUGACACUCCAUUUCAUCCACUACUACGUACACUAUUGAUUCCAAAUGACGACUUCGUAUAUUGUCAUUGAAAUUUCUGAAAAUGAGAAUGCAUCGGAUAUUCUCAAUUUAUUGAUGACACGAACAAAAUCCCGAUUCACAAUAACCAGAGAUAUUGGUGAAUAUGCGGCUGAAAGAGAGCAACUGAAAAGAUCAAAGAUUUGUGAAGAAAAGGUUCCGGCUGAAGACACUGCAACAAAAAUUCCAACAUCUGAAUGCCUGGAACCAAUUGAACAACCACCAAAAAAGAUGAUCCGUAUCUCACCAACACCUCCAGUCAAGGACCUUGUUCCAAGCUCAUUUUCACAUAUAAUACCAAAAAUUGAGGAACCUGCAUCCGAUUCUCAAACUCCAAGUCUUGACUCAAUGCUUGAAUCGAAUGUAAAUCAAUGGAACAACUCUUUUAUUGGUUCAUCGUUUUUGGAUCAACUUCAGUCAUCAUCAUCCAUGACAUCAACACCGGCUGUCAAUACUUCUACAAUAACGAAAACGCCAAUCAAAAGACAAAAUGGUGCAUUUCAAUGUCAUAUGUGCGGUGCAAUGAUUAAAGCGUACCAUUUGGAUUAUUAUAAACGGAGCAAUCAUGCAAUUAUUCAUACAUCUCUUCAAAGAUACAUUUGCCCCGUGAAAAACUGCGGAACAAAGAAUCGUCAUCGAUCGAAUAUGGUAGUCCACGCACGAACUGUUCAUGGUCUUCAGGGAAAAGUUGAUGUGAAGAAUUGUUUGCUACCACACGAAGAUGAAGAACUCAAGAUGACAGUGCUCACUUGUUUUCCAGAAAUGGAACAAACUAUUCAAAAUAUGCAAAAACGGGAACAAAAACAGAAUGACCAAGAAGAUGCCGGUGUUGAAAGUGAUGAAGAUCUCGGAGAUUCUUCAUAGUUUUGUGAUGAUGUACAUCAAUAAAUUCAAUAGAUGGGUGUUAUCGUUUUUUAGGUCUUUCCAAUCAAGAUGCCAUAAAACAAUUUUCUUUUCUCUCGCACUAAUAUUUUCUCAGAAGUAUACUUCGUCAAAAUUUGAAAAGUUGUCUUUACCAAUGUUUCAUCGAUCUGAAAUAUUUUUAAAAAUUAAAUGUUUAAACU